AUGAAUGAGGACGGAGUGAAUAUAAAGGAGCUGAUAAGCGCUAGGUUCCAAAACCCGAAGUUUGUCUACGACGGGAAGAGGAUGAGGGUUCUGCAGGAAAGGAAAGUAGUUGACUACACCUCGGGGAUUUGCAUCCAAAGGGUCAAAAGGAGACUUAGUCCGCUCCAAGUCAAUACAAGCUUUGAUCUGUCUCCUCAGAUUCUCAACUUGAAAUCUCCUGAGUUAUGCUAUAACGACAUAUCCAGCUUGUUUACCACGAAGAUCGAGCAUGUCAGCGUCAAUAAGGUCAAAUGCCCUGUAAACAUUGUUAGGUGGACUCCUGAUGGGAGAAGGCUUAUGAGUGGCACGGCAACGGGCGAGUUUACGCUUUGGAACGGAUAUGGAUGCAACUUUGAAACCAUCCUCCAAGCACAUGAGUCUCCUGUUAGGGGAAUGGAAUGGUCGCCCUCGGGCUUAUUCUUGAUAUCCUCCGACAACUUUGGAAUAAUUAAGUAUUGGCAUCCAUCGAUGAAUAACAUACAGAUAAUACAAGGGCACACCGAGGCAGUUCGGGAUCUCUCGUUUUCCCAUAACGAUAGUAAGUUCUGUUCAGCCUCUGAUGACUCUACAAUAAAGAUUUGGGACUCGAUAGAAGCAAAAGAGGAGUCUGUCCUCAGAGGACAUAACUGGGAUGUAAGGGCAGCACAGUGGCACAAGUACAAGUCGCUGAUAGCUAGUGCUGGAAAAGAUAACCUUGUCAAAAUGUGGGACCCGCGGACUGCAGAGGAGCUAUGCACCCUACAUCAUCAUAAGAACACAAUACUGGCCUUAAAGUGGAUGGGCGACGAGAACUAUCUUCUUACGGGGGGAAAAGAUCAGGUGAUAAAGAUGGUAGACAUUCGAACAAUGACUGACGUGUUUACCUACAAGAAUCACAAGAAAGAGGUUACAUCGAUAGGGACACAUCCGUGCAUUCCAGACAUAUUUGUUAGCGGAGGUACAGAGGGGGGGAUUUACUUUUGGCAGGCGUAUACCCAAGUGCCGUUAGAAGUUAUUGAAGAAGGGCAUGAAGGCACGGUGUGGUCGCUGGAUUACCAUCCAGUAGGGCAUAUUCUGGCGUCAGGAUCUGUGGACCAAAGUGUGAGGUUCUGGGUCAGGCCCAGGCCUGAUGAGAAUAACGAGCCCGCCGUCGGAGGAUUUGUCGACGAAGAAAACGAUUCCGAUGGUGGAGCAAUACCAGGGCUUUAG